AUGGCGGUGGCCGAAUAUCAUAUAAGCACUUAUUGCAUCCGCAUGCUGGAUUUGGAAGUUAAUAUUCGCGGUACAGCCUCCACGGAAGAAAAGGCAGAUGUUGUGAAAGAUGAUCAGUGUGAUGAUUUAGCUGACCCAAUAGAUUUGCAAAUGAUUCCAACAAGUCAAUUCGUCUUCCAAAAUAGGGCGGACAAGAGAUGCAAUGAUGACGAUUACGCGGUGUUGUGGUGGGUGGCCCUACUGAAGGAGGUGGAUGUGGUGUUGCAGAGGAGUACGCUGAUCUGCCGGACGGCUCGUGCUUUCGGCGCACGAUGGUGCGGCCGGCGCGGGCGCCUACGCUGUGCUCUGCGCCCGCCGCCGCCACCGCCGCCGCCACCGCCGCCGCUGCCGCCGCGCCGCCCGCCUCCUCCCACGCCGUCGUCCGACCCGCACACAAUUGUUCGGAUUAUCCGAAAUUUUGGAUUGGAGGUGUGCAGAUUAGCUAGGUUCUACAGUAUUCCAAUGCUCGGUGCAAGGGGAUCGUCUCCUGCCGCCGUGGCUCCGGAACCGGAUUCACGUGCGGAGCGGAGCGGGGCAGGACAUGGCAAGGGGCGAAGCAUGGCAGCGCGGCUCGUGGCGGGGAGGAGAGGGACAGAGAGUAGUACAAAGCGUGGCUGGGGGAGGGGAAAGGUGGAAAGGGGAGGGGUGUGGGGCGAGGCGUCGGUCGCCCAAUCUGUCCGCUGCGCCCCGUUCGCCCGCACUUGCGACCGACAGGCCGACGAGCGCGCGGCGCGCCUCGCCCGUCGCGCGCCGGCCCGUCCGCCCGCCGCCCCGCCUGCCCCGCCGCCAUGCCCCACCCCCCCGCACCGCUCUCGUCUGCUCCUCCCCGCCCCCCCGCUUCUCAACGCACUCUCCACCGCCACGUCCCUCGUCCGCUCGCUCCCGCCGCCUUGUGCUCCGUCCCCCCGCCGCUCGACCCUCUCCGCCGCCUCCCACCCCCGCCCGGCCCCCCUCGCACCGUCGCCGACUGCUCCUCCCCGCCCGCCGCCUCGCCGUCCCGCCUUUCCCGCCCGCCUCCACGCUGCACCACCCGCUUCCCCGCCCGACAGCCUCUCCACUGACCCGCUGAUCCUCCCCGCCUCCCGCCCCGCCCCGCCCGCGCCCGCCCCGCCUCCCCCCGCCCCGCGCUCGUCCACUCCUCCCCGCCCGCCCCGCCGCUCCGGCGCCCCGCCCGGCCCGAGCCAGCUCGUGUUUGCGGGUUCAAGAAACGUUACAGUGCUGCAUCUACGAUGCACGUUCUGCUUCGCUGGUCUUCAUUUGCCUAACUGUCCGCUUCAACGUGUUCAUCAAUGCGGGAAUGUCUCGCGCAGCUUGCAACCGCACGGAAGGGAGAAGAACCGCUUGAUUAAACGAGACCGCGACAUACGCGCAGAAUGCACCAACGGCGCGCGUGCCCGGCGAGAACACACCGCCACUUCUCCGACGAGAUAG